CUCCCUAGUUAAAAACGCUAUCAUUUGUCAAGCCUAGGGUUGCUUGAGCGGGCCUUCUGGUCUCGGGUUUUAAUGUUUGAAAUUGGAUCGAACCCGAAGUAAAACCCUAAAUCUUAAUGCUCAAUCUCUAUCCCUUCUCCGUGGAAGAGCCGGACCGCCAGCGCCAAUCUUUCUCCUCCGCCGUCGUAGGCCUUCCUCCGCCGCGGACCGCCGUCCGCGACCGACCUCGGGACUUGGUUUCUUCAAUGGGAGAAAAACAAGAGAAAGAUAAAUUAAAGAAAGAGGAACCAAAAAAGGGUGAUCUUCAGUUCGAAUGGGGCUUAAAGAGAGGAGUUGGCGGUUUGAAGAAGGAUGUUCAGUUCUACGAAUCUUUCACAUUUGAUGAAGUAGAUUACAGGUUGUACGAUUCUGUGUAUCUUUUCAAGAGGGGCGAAACCGAGCCGUAUAUUGGGAAAAUAGUGAAAAUUUGGGAGCACGGCGAAGGAAAGAAGAAAGUUAAGAUCUUGUGGUUUUUCAAGCCCAGUGAGAUUGUUAACUAUUUAGGGGAUUAUCAACCGUCAGAGAAGGAGAUAUUUUUAGCAUCCGGAGAAGGUGUCGGCCUCGCAAAUAUUAAUCCGCUGGAAUCUAUAGCUGCCAAAUGCUCCGUAAUCUGCACGUCAGAAGAUACAAGGAACCCACAGCCUUCCAAGGAUGCAUUGCAAAGGGCUGAUUUCUUAUUUUCUCGCACUUUUGAUGUUGGGAAAUUUAUAAUAUCAGAUAAAUUACCAGAAAAGAUUGCUGGGAUUGAAGUUAAAUCUCUUCUCAACCGAGAGGACGACCAAGUAAGAAGCCCUGUUUCCAUAACCGAAGAAAAUGGCACUGAUAUUAAGGGAAAAGCAGACGCAGGUACUGCUUCAAUUGCUUUGUCGAAUUCAGAGAAUUUAAAAUCAGAGGAGAACAAGGUAAAGAUUGAUAAACCUGGACCUACCUUAUCAUCAAAAGAUAAAGCCAUCACAAAGAAGCGUCAAGCUGAAGUUGAAGGUCGUCUUGUGGGGACUAGUGUUACAAAAUCAAAAAUUGAGUCUUCUCGAGAUAUAGAAGGCACUAAUAGCUUUGCAUCUAAUGAUAAACCUUCCAAGAAGAUGAGAAUCAGUGAUGAUUCUGCAAAGCCUGAUGAUUUACGAAAGAACAAACAUGCUACUGAUUCAAAUAAAUCUGAUGAAGAUGAUUCUGCUAAAGGUUCAAUCUCCUUGCACAAAGAGAAUGUUGAAAAGAUGAAGCUGAUUGAGAAGAAAGUCAAUUCAUCCAGCGAAUCGCUGCAGAAUGUGCCUUCUGCUUUUCCAGUGAAAAAUAACACAAAAGCAGAGUCUCAGAUGGUUGAAGUAAGUCGAAGACCAGACACGGAUAGGAGCAAAUGGUUCAAGGGACUUUCCUGGGAGAGUAGGAUACAAAAGGCUCAUGAACAGGGAACGUUAGUGCUCCUUCACAAUUUUGAUCGCUCCUUCACAUCGACAGAAAUUGAGGAUAUCAUGUAUCAUUAUCUUAACCUGAACUGCUCAGCAAAGGUGAUUCCAAGGUUGCCGCCGUACCAUAAUCCUCACUAUGGUGAAGCAUACGUUGUUUUUAAAUCGCGUGAUGCAGCAAAUGAGGCAGUUCAAAAGAUUAAUACAGGAUGUUUAAUGGAUGGAAGUCCCUUCGUGGCCAGUAAAGGUAUGUUGCCGAUGCCUCCAAAGACAACUACACUUGUUGGUCAUCUUACAGUCAACAGGAGGAGGCUGCAAAGGGAGGAAAUGAGAAAGGCUGUAUCAACAUCUCACUGCUCUCAGCCUAACACGAUUGAGUACGAAAUGGCGAUGGAUUGGUUUUUACGCCAAGAGAAAACUGUAACUUGUUUGAACCAAUUAUAUAAGGGACAAGGUGAUGACAAGAAGAAAGUUAAGAGGAACUUAAAGACCAAUAAGUAGCUUUAACCAGUCGUUAUAUACUAACCAAUCUCCUUCGGACUGUAUCAUCUAUCCCUCAUCAAGAUUGCAGGCUGCCCAGUUUUGUUAGCAUCCUGGAGAGAGCGACUGCCAUGGUCCUCCAGAAGGGUAGCAUAUAUCAAUGCGGUCGAAGCGUGAAAUCUUGCUUCGGGCAUUGCUUCUCGCUGUCGCAUCCGUAAAUUUGAACCUUUGCUUGCUGGCAUGUAUUUCAUCACUCUUGGCUGUUUUUGUUGCUGUGUGUACGUGUUAAAGAAUGUAUUGAUGAGGUUAAGAUGGUCAUUGUUCUUCGUGGGAGAUUAACUUUUGUUAUGUGGAGAGCAGGGUGGUUUCUUUUGUGAAUACUCUUGGGGAAGUUGAUCCACCCAGAAAUGUGUGACCCCCCUUCGUGUAAUAUUCCUUCAACUCAAUUUAAGAAAAGAAAUUGGUUAUCAAAA